AAUCCAAUGAUGAGUCGGCAUGCGUAGGAUGUUAUCGUACCUUUUUUUCUCAUCAAUUUUAUUAUUGGGAUUCUGUGACGGUAGUAAUGAAAGGCUUUGAGAGGGAGCUUGUAAGGAUCUUGACCAUUUUCACAAGUGUAGAUUUCUCGUGCAAUCAAUUUCAUGGACCGAUUCCUGAAGAGCUAGGAGAACUCAAUUCACUUGUAAUCCUAAACUUAUCUCAUAAUAGUCUCAAUGGUCAAGUCCCGUUAUCAUUGGGGAAAUUAGCAGAACUUGAGUCAUUAGAUCUCUCAUCAAACAAGCUUGAAGGCAUGAUUCCUGAGCAAUUGACCAAUAUGACAUUCCUAUCAAUUUUGAAUCUUUCACACAAUGAACUUGUGGGCCACAUACCUGAAGGGAAGCAAUUCAGUACUUUCUCAAAUGAUUCUUACAUUGGGAACUUUGGGUUGUGUGGAUUCCCAUUGACAAAGAAAUGCCACGAGGAAGAACCAGAAGCACCUACAUCACAAUUUGAUGAAGAAGAUGACUCUACAGCAGUCUUUGUGAGGAAGUUUGCAUUGGCAGGCUAUGGGUGUGGACUAGUGUUGGGACUUAGUUUGGGAUACAUUGCCUUCACUACAGGAAAACCAUGGUGGGUGGUGAAGAAAGUGGAGAAAUAUCAACAGAAAUUACUUGGAAGGUGCAACCGAAGUAAUAAGAAGAGAAAAACCUAAAACCCUAACCAACGCUCUUAGGUGCAAGUAGGUGCAGCUGAUUUCCUUACUCCGGGGACACAUGGCAACCAUUGCUUCUUGAGUUUGUUUCCAUCUUUGUCAUGUUCAUUGUUGAUGUAUAGUUGUGUUUACUUGUGUGGGAAUUAUGGUUAUGUAUGAAUUUGUGUUAAUUCCUUUUGGAUUUCAUCUAUCUACUUUGCACAAAGUUGCUCAUGUAUUUUUUUCUUAGUGUAAUUUGUUUCUUUUGAUGUUAUCUCUUUUUAUUUUCUUCUGUCCUCCUUUGUUUUGGUUGUCUUUGAACAGUGCGUUUUACUGAAAAAAAUGUAAAAAUUCUUU